UUUGUCCAUCAUGGCUGCGCCCUUAGUUCAAUGUGAAAGUAAACAAUCAUGGUGCCAUGAAGUAACCUUGCGUUUCGGAUAGAGUCACCGAAGUAUGUUGGAAUUUCAGCGAUAGCUCGGAUAGAUAAGUUUAUAUCAUAAAUGGCUUUCCGUGUGAGCAUCUCGAUUUUCCGGAAAUCUUUACGUUUUCCGAGAGUUGCUAACGUGUCUGCGCCACUGGAAAAUGCGUCACUGUUUCUCAGAACCGGUCAGUCGUCUACCUUAUCUGCUUAUUAAUAAGCGAUCAUGCAAAUGUCAUAACAUUUCCUCCACCCAGAAAUAUACUUAAUUUUGUCCGAAACAAAUUUAUAAUUAUAUUUUCUUGUCAGUCAUGACAGCCAUGCCUUAUAGUUGGCUAGCUAGCUAAUCAGAGAUAGUCAGUUAACGUUAGUUAUUUCAUUUUGAGGAAAUAGCUCCAUUGAUGUCAGGUUACAUAACGUUACAUGUAAUUUAGCUAUAAUUAGUUUGAAAAAAAGUAAUUCGUGCGUCAUUGUAAACUAACGUUAGGCAUCACCGUUGCAUCAAUUACCUGGCAAGUCUACGCAGUGAUGAUGAUAAUCUCGAUGUCUCUGUUGCUUUGGUUUAGGAUGGGCUGCCCGUCGUCCAGGGACCAAUAAUGGACACGGUUUUCCCUUCACUCCUGCCUGUUUUAUUACAUCGGAUGCGUUUUUGAGCAGACUGGCGAAAGGCAAAGCGGCGGAGACAGAUGACACUCUUUAUCACUAUCCAGCCUCAGUUCUGCCCGACAGCGGUAAUCUCAACUGCUGCCUCUGAAAACAAAAUAGUUAGUUACCUCGGGGUUUAGGGCAUCGCAGUAGAGUUUCUCCUUAUCCAAAUGCUGCGCACUGAAUGAAUGUCUAAGAAUAUUACAUAUGCCCUUGUAUUCUGUAGAUCUGUAUUAUGUAUUUCAUAUUUUACUCAUACUUCUGAUAAAUCAACCCCUUAACUCUUGUUUCAGCUGAACAAUUAUCAUUGCUGGUGAAGGAUCCAGAUCAACCAGAGAACUCAAAGGUUUUAAGAGUGGCCAUCAUUGGUGCCCCAAAUGCUGGGAAGUCCACACUGUCCAACCAACUGCUUGGCAGAAAGGUACUUCACUUUAUUGUACUGGCCAGUUUCUUCACUUUAAAUUGUACACAUCAUGAGUCACUCUUGAGUCAGUCUGGAGUGUAUUUCCAUGAACAUCAGUUUCUUUGAUAUGAUCAUAGGUGUUUGCUGUUUCCAAGAAAGUGCACACCACACGGUCCCGUGCCCUCGGCGUUCUCACAGAAGACGACACACAGAUUGUAAGUUAGAAUCAGCUCACAGACCAUGCAUUUAGCAUAGCAGCAAUUUGGCAAGUGUUUAUUUGUUUUUCAGGGCCUUUUUACAUUAUGUACAGUAUCUAUUUUUAGAUAACCAAACUUGUACAUGCAUACUUAUACAUUCUCUCUCUAGAUUUUACUGGACACUCCUGGACUCACUACACCUACAAAAGUCAAGAGGUGAUUUGUUACACUGAUUUCAUUACUGUGGUAUUGCAGUGUUAAAACGAAAUAGGUGAAUUUCCAACAGUGGUAUUUAUCUUCUCCACAGGCACCAGCUGGAGAAGUCUCUCCUCGAGGAUCCUUGGAAUACAGUCAAGGAAGCUGGCCUCGGUACUGCAUGACUCUUCACUUUUUGUAACUUUUCGGGCACACAGAUGAUCGGCCAUAACUCGGCCAUUGCUUUUCAGACAUUCUAGUCUAUGCUUUUUAAACAGUAUGUGGUCCCCAAAGUGUAUGUGGUCCCAUACAUUUUCACAAUUCCUUUUAAAUAAAUAAUUUUGUGGGGACUGCAUUGACACACAUGGAUCUGGCAUGUAUAUAGGAUUAUGAGUGAGUGUCACUGGCCUAUACCAUCAUGUUUAUGUCCUCUUCUUGUUGUUAUUGCGUCAGUGGUGGUAAUGGUGGAUGUGUCAGACAAGUGGGCCUGCAACAAGCUAGACUUUGAGGUCCUGAAAUGCCUGACCCAAUACCCAGAUGUCCCAGCAGUCCUAGUUCUCAAUAAGGUACAACUUCUUUAUCACACGCAUGCAAACCUCAUCCUCUCUCCAUGGCCUUGUCAAUAAUAACUGAUCAUGGUUGUCAUAUGAUAUAAUGCAUUAUUAUGAUGUAAUAGAUUAGGAACUGUCUGAAUUGGCACAUGAACUGUGUACUGUGUAUGGCACAGGUUGACCUGCUGAAGAGCAAGAGCAGGUUGUUGGAGAUCACAGCAGAUCUGACAUGUGGAGUGGUGAACGGGCGGAAGCUGCAGGUCCGCAGUGUGAUCAAGCCCCCCUGGGCUGAGAGGAGGACAGACAGGGAGGCCAGGACAUCAGGGUCUGGAGAUGAGGACAAGCCGGGUGGUGAUGUGGCUCCUGGUGAGGGCAGUGAGGCCCAGUCAGGGCUGAGUAAGGAGCAGCUUAGGGCUCUGAAGACCCAACAGGGCUGGCCUCACUUCAAGGACGUCUUCAUGCUCUCUGCUGUGGAUGGAGAGGAUGUGGAGACACUGAAGGUAAUGUUAGCAUAUGGUGAUAUAGGGACUUAUAAAGUAAUGUAUCUAAUACUAAGUUGACAAGUACAGUCAUUGUAGAAUAAUUGGAGUUAUUUGAAAGCAAUGGACAUCAAUUCUAGCUAUGUUGAUGUAUAACAAUUAACUAAGAUUGCUGUUGACGACUGUCUGUGCCUGCCUGACUGUCUGCUCGACAGACAUACCUAGUAGUGGGGGCAAAGCCUGGGUCUUGGCAAUACCACAGUGAUGUCCUGACAGAUCAGACCCCUGAGGAGGUCUGCACCAACACUGUCAGAGAGAAGCUUCUGGAAUAUCUGCCCAAAGAAGUCCCUUACACAAUGACACAGGUGACUCGUCAUUACGGACACACAUAGACUGCACAGCCAGACGAUGCACUGCACUCAUAUAGCCAAAUGCAGAUAUAGUGCAUGUGCAUGUUAACCAUUUUAACUGUCAAGCACUAUCUUCCAUCCCAGCUUGAGAUGUAUUGUAGGUCCAGUGUCCAAUCACAAUGAUUAUUGACGCUUUAGUCCCUAAUAUCUAUCUGAUGAUUGUGUGCCAGAUAUAAAUGUUGUAGCACAUGUAGAGAAAUACUCACGGUAGUACUACCUUUGAAAUUAUAUUAACUUUUUAUUUCUCUCAAUUGCAGGCCAUUGACUUGUGGCACGACAGGGAGAAUGGAGAGCUGGAUAUAGCAGUAAAACUGUAUGUGAAGAAAGAAAGUCACAUGGUAAGUGUGCUGCAUUUCUCAGUACUAUUUUCCAUGUAGAUUUCGAUGUCUCCUGUUGUGAAACACGUCAAUGAGCACCCCUACCAACCUCACUACGUUACUAACUAACACGUGAGAAGCCAUCAGUGGAAGGAGAUAAAGACGAGGAGAAAAGCUACGGGAACUUUCUCGUAGAUGGAGCGAGGCUCCACCCUCUAUGGGUGUGGCCCUUCACAUAGACCUGUCAAUGUGUCGAUAGAUAGUUAAUCUGAAGCGGCUCUUUGACUUAUUUCCAUCCCCCCUUAAAAUCACAUCCCCAUGGUGAGUCUAUAGCUUGAUUCUACGAGAUAUCUCUUAUCAGGGUUGGGGUCAAUUCCGCUUCAAUUUACUAAAUUCAGGAAGUAAACUGAAAUGUCAAAUUUCAAUUCCAAGCAAUGAGGAGAAUUGGAAUUUCAGUGUACUUUCUGAGUUGAAAUGGAAUUUAGCCCAACUGAUGUCACACCCAUCUCCACCUAAUGUUGGAGAUAUAAAGCUGCUCAACCAUGUGUUCUCAUACUGAUAGUUGCAUGUGUAGAUAAACUGUGUCCUCAGACUCAUGAGUUUCAAUUCACUAUGCCUGGAGUCUUCUUUAGCCUGUAAUACCUUGUAAAUAUUUGAGCACUCCUUUUUAAACCAUGCAUUUUAAUGGAAGACAGACUGGAUGGAUGUGAGCCUACAUCUGCAUUGGUGCAGCAGUGCUCAAAGUGAUUCAAACUUGACCCCUGCACCAGACUGCUCUCUAGGUUUUCAUUCAGCUAAGGGAAUGACGACAAAGUUUAAAAUCAUUGAUUUACUGUAUAUUUCGUUGUUAGGACCUAGUGAUUAUUACAGUAUACAUUAUUCAUAUCUGCUGUGGUAACUGUGGCCCUCUUGUGGACUUCAAACAUUGACAUAUUGAAAUGCAUGCUCAUUAAUAUACUGUAUUUCCUCUGUCCAUUUCUCCUGAUGACAGAAAAUGGUGAUUGGCCAGGCUGGUCAGAUGGUUGCCAGGAUAGCCAGAGAGGCUGGAGAUGACCUGAGCACUGUGUUCCUCAGGCAGGUCAAGCUGAGGCUGUCUGUGAAGGUGAAGAACUGACGAGGAUUAUGAUAAACUGAGUAUUAUGAUAAUCUGGGGGAACAGUAUUAUGGUGGCCUAGUGAGUAGGAAAUGAACACUGUUGGACUCUAUGGAUUCUCUGAACACUAUUUUCAAGGAGAGAUCUGACUGGUUUCUACUGCUUGACUAUGGACAGACCUGUAGCUAAACUGUGCUGCUGAGAGCUUGUAAAGACUCAUCAUGAGUCAGCUAAUGUGAGAGCUAUCAGAAACAGAGAGACAGCGCUCUCUCCCCUUGAACUUGGUCCCAGCCUCAUCUACAGUAAUUUCUCUCAAGGGUCAGCAUAUUGUGUUCUUGCGUAAGCAUUCUUCUUAAGUAAAGGAUGACUUGCACAUAUUCGUUUUUCCUUUUAGAGCUUCUCUAACAUUUUCUUGUAAUUUACAUUUUGACCUCUUAAUUAAACAGCUAUAUUUUGGUGUAGAGUGUGUGUGUGGGAG